CUAGUCUGGACGUGACGUAUUCACUACGUCACGGUAGGCCGGCGUUUCUGGUUACCGCAGCGGCGUCAGAUGUUCAGAGCGAAAUUAAUUUGUCCAAAUCAGAGGAAACAGACGCGAAGCUAAACAGCUCUAAGAGAUUUAUUUAAUUUUUGAUCAUUCGUGGCUUUUCAUUAUCAGACCAGUCUAAAGGUACCUGAGGAUCAUGGACCAGAGGGAAGAAAAACCAAACCAACAGCACAGCAGUCCUGUUUAUGUUCACAACCCACACCUGGAUACUCUGAAAGAUGACAUCCUCUAUCACUUCAGUCUCGGGACUGGAAGCCAUAACCUACCAGCCAUGUUUGGUGACGUCAAAUUUGUGUGCGUUGGAGGAAGUCCCUGGCGGAUGAAGUCCUUCAUUGAGUUCAUUGCUGCUGAGCUUGCAAUUGAGGACCCUAAAUCCGAGUAUCCCAACAUCUGCGCUGGAACUGAUCGUUACGCCAUGUACAAAGUCGGGCCUGUGCUCUCUGUCAGCCAUGGGAUGGGCAUUCCAUCCAUUGCAAUAAUGCUGCAUGAACUCAUAAAGCUACUUCAUCAUGCACAUUGCACAGAUGUUACAAUCAUACGUAUAGGAACGUCAGGAGGAAUAGGACUUGAGCCUGGUACGGUUGUCGUUACCAAGCAGUCUGUGGAUGCCACCUUCCUGCCUAAGUUUGAGCAGGUGAUCCUGGGAAAGACAGUGGUACGCAGUACGGAUCUGGAUCAAAGUCUGGCCCAGGAGCUGCUGCAGUGCAGCAAAGAGCUCAACCAGUUUGAGACGGUCAUCGGUAACACCAUGUGCACACUGGAUUUUUAUGAAGGUCAAGCCCGCCUGGAUGGUGCUUUCUGCUCCUACACUGAGGCUGAUAAACAGGAGUACCUCAAUAAAGCUAAAGAAGCAGGAGUCUGCAACAUUGAGAUGGAAUCAUCCGUUUUUGCUGCUAUGUGCAAACUAAGUGGUCUGCGAGCGGCCGUUGUCUGUGUUACUCUGUUGGAUCGACUGAAGGGGGAUCAGCUGAGCAGCUCUCAUGAACUUCUUCAAAACUACCAGCUUCGUCCUCAGAUGCUGGUCGGCUCCUACAUUAAGAAGCAGAUGAAAGCCAAAGCAGAGCACAGCUGAAUGCAGGCGUUACACUGUGAGAGUAUUUGUACAGAUUAUCCUACAAAUUAUACAUGUUUGAGCACUGAAAAGACUGUGAAGUCGCUUUAAGCAGCUGAUCUUUACUCCAAACACCUAAUGGGUGUUUGGUGGAUGUCUUCACAUUUUAAAUUUUGACUUAAUUUAAUUCAUUGAUAACGGUUUGGUUGAUUUAAGCAUAAGCAUGCGCUGUUUCACUUUUUAUCCUUUUGCUUGGUUUAAAAUAUAAUUUAACUGAGCACUAAAGCCAUUGAUAUGCAGAUUUCUUUUAGAAAUAUUUGAUUCAAGGCACUUUUAUAUAUUUAAGUUCCCGAUCCUUAAAACUUGAACUUCACCUGUGCUUUAACAGAAAUUUUGCUGACAGUUUUGUGUCAAAGGGAUGGUACAAAUAUCAGGUGUUUUUUCUAUAUUAUUUUACUGUUGAUUUUAUCGGAACCCAAUUAUUGUGAAUCGAAUCCAGACUUUAUUGUGCAUGUCUGCUUAUGUCCUGUUAAAAAACAUGUGCACUGAUGUUAGUUUUUAUCAACCUAAAAUAGCAAAUAUCGGUGCUAGAAACUUUAUACAAUAUAUACAUUUCUAUAUAUUUACCAAAGUAAUUGUCUAUACAGCAUAGCAGUAUUUGUAUUUUGCUUAAUAUUGUAUAAUUUCACAUGAUACACCAAAUGCAGUGUGGAACAAUUCGUUCGUAAUUGUCUGGGAAAUUGUUUGUGGCCAAAACAAAUAAAGCCAUUUGCAGAUGAUGGAAAUUUUCUAAGUUCAGCAUUUCUCCUCUAUGUCAUUGAAAAAGGUGUUUCUUUCAAUAACAUGUUCCUGUUUGCAAAAUUUGCUGCCUGUAUUUAAA